CUCUAUUUCUUUGUCAUUCACCUCUUCAUUCAUUCAGUCUAGCCUUUUCUCCAUCAUGUGGAGAAAAAAUCAUCUCAAAGCUAUUAGAAAAGAGAGAGAUGAAUAUGGAUUGGGAAAGAAACAAGUUACCUCUCUGAUAGAUAUUCAACUCCAUUUGAAAGUCCUCGUACUUUUCUCAACUUCUUUCAUGAUUUGGUUUCUUUUCCUCCUAGGAUUUUCACCCAAAAGAAUAUCAAAUCCCAUUCGAGGAUUCCUCUCAACUCCUCCAGCAGAAUGCAAGGACAACUUCUCUGUGUACAUACACAACCUGCCUUCCAAGUACAAUUUUGAUCUGUUGAGAGAUUGUAGCAGUUUGAAUAUCUAUACAGAUAUGUGCCCUCAUGUUACAAAUAAUGGUCUCGGAAAUCCACUCCUAGAAAUGGGCUCUAGCUGGUUUACCACUCAUCAACUCAUCGCUGAAUUAAUCUUUCAUGCUCGAAUCCAGAACCAUCCGUGUCGUACAGAUGAUGCAAAUAAUUCAACUCUAUUUUAUAUUCCUUUUUAUGGGGGCCUCCAUGCCUCGAGCAAGUUCCGUGAGCCAAAUUACACUGUUCGUGAUGCAUUGGCUGUGGAAUUGGUGGAGUAUAUACAAGAGAAGAAGUGGUGGAAGCGGAAUAGUGGUAGAGAUCAUUUCAUGGUUUUUGGAAGAACUGCUUGGGAUUUCAUGAGGACUGAUGAAGUUCCUGAUUUUGGUGCCAACAAGUUGUUGAACAUGUCCCCUGUGCAGAACAUGUCAGUACUUUUGGUGGAAAGACAUCCAUGGGAAGGGCACAAUCAAUAUGGAAUUCCUUAUCCCUCCUAUUUCCAUCCAUCAACCUCGGCUGAGAUGGUUGAAUGGCAAAAUAAUAUGAGUUAUAUGGAUAGGAGUCAUUUGUUUUCAUUUGUUGGGGCUCCUCGGACAGGAAAGAAAAAAGUUGUAACGAGAGACAGAGUCAUAAAACAGUGUGAGGAGUCAAGUAACUGUAUGAUCUUGAAAUGUGGCCACGGACCGAGUAAGUGUCAUAAACCGAGAGAAGUUGUUAAAGUGAUGAUGAGAUCCAAUUUUUGCUUGCAAGUUUUAGGUGACUCAUACACUCGACGUUCUACCUUUGAUUCCAUGCUCGCUGGAUGCAUCCCAGUGUUCUUCUCAAAACACACGGCCUAUUCACAAUACCAAUGGUUUUUACCUUCUGAUCCUACUACAUAUUCCGUUUACAUUGAUUUAGAACGAAACCAUAGCAUAAAAAUUGAGGAGGAGCUUCUCAAAAUUCCAAUGGACGAGGUAGAAAGAAAGAGGAGGACUGUCAUAGAAUUUAUCCCAACAUUAACAUAUGCACACCCUAAUUCUACUUCAUAUGGAUUUAAGGAUGUUGUCGAUGUUGCCCUUAAAGCAUUGUCCAAUCACGUUAGCGCAUUGUUAAAACCUAGCUAGCUCUUGAUUAGGAUGUAUUAAACAAUCAUAUUUAAAUUGCA